AUGACUAUAACGUUCUCUUCAACAAUAACGGCGAAUGUUUCAACAACUUCAUCGACAUUCAGUUCGACCACAUCACUGACAUUCAGUUCGACCUCAUCAUUGACAACAAUAAUAACAACAACCAUUUCAACAACCAUUUCAACAACUUCAUCAACAAUUGUCUCAACGAUAAGAACAAUACCUGAUUGUGAUAUAUUCUAUCAAGAAAGUUUUUAUUCAAAUGGUAAAGAACCAUAUGCAAUAGCAAUUGGUGAUCUAAACAAAGAUAAGAUAUCUGAUGUUGUUAUUUCAUAUGCUAAUGAAGACAAACUUGAAAUAACUCUUCAUAGUAGUUAUGGAACAAUUCUUUCUCGAAGAAAACAUAAUAAUAAUGCUCGUGCAUUGUCAAUUGUAUUAGGUGACAUUGAUUCAGAUGGAAAACGUGAUAUAAUUACUGUAAAUCUACAUGGAAAUAAAUAUUCUAUUGGCAUGUCGUUAUAUAUAGAAAAUAAUUCUUUUUCCGUUCCAAUAUUACAUCAAUGUCAAUGGAAUACUUUACGGGCUGUUGCAUUGAUUGAUUUUAAUAAAGAUGAAAACCUUGAUGUUAUUGCUGUUUCAGGAGAUGCAAGUGGUGUUAUUUAUUUCCUUCGUAAUACAGGUGGUGAUCGCUUGACUUGUUAUAAUAAUAAUUAUUAUGUUAGCAACACUCCAUUAGCAAUAGCAAUAGGUAAGAUAAAUGGUGAUGCUUUUGACGAUUUUGUUCUUAGUACUGAUGGUCAUCCUACUUUUUUAACGUUUUUUUACUAUCAUGGCAAUGGUGCAUUUUAUCAAACUACAGGAAAACAAGUUUCUUUCGCAUCUUCAAUUACUCUAGGUGAUUUAAAUAAUGAUGGAUAUUUAGAUAUAAUUACCACAUCUUUAUAUCAUCGUGAAAGCGGGAUUCUUUUUAGUGAAGAUUCUCUUUCGUAUUCUUCUCAUGUUUUGUAUGCAAUUGAUGGAUAUUCAAAAUCAUUAGUAAUUGCUGAUUUAAAUGAUGAUGAAAAUUAUGAUAUUAUUAUUGGAUCCGUGGAAACAAAUAUCAUUACGGUUUUCCUUAAUUUUGGAAAUAGUACACUUCGUCCCCGGAAAACUUACAACGUUAGUAGAACACCAAGAGUUAUCGGAUUAAUUGAUGCCAACAAUGAUCAAAAACCUGAUAUCAUCUAUGCAGAUGAACGUUCAGAAUACGUUGGAGUUCUUUUACGUUGUUAA